GCAAUGCGGCAGCCGGCGGUACGGCUGCUGCGGCUGAGUCAGGUGCCGUAUGCCGAGCUGCUGGCGCUGCAGGAGCGCUGGCUGCGGCGGCUGCAGGCCGAGCCAGGGACCGAGGCGGGCGCGCUCUUGCUCUGCGAGCCCGCGGGGCCCGUGUACACCGCCGGGCUGCGCGGCGGCCUGACGUCCGAGGAGGCGACGCGGCUGCGGGCCUUGGGUGCCGAGGUGCGCGCCAUUGGCCGCGGCGGCCUAGCCACCUUCCACGGCCCGGGCCAGCUGCUCUGCCACCCCGUACUCGACCUGCGACCCCUUGGCCUGCGCCUGCGCGCCCACGUGGCGGCGCUGGAGGCGUGCGCCGUGCGCCUGUGCGAGCUCCAGGGCCUACCAGGGGCCCGCGCGCGGCCCCCACCCUACACCGGCGUUUGGCUGGGCGAGCGUAAGAUCUGCGCAAUCGGAGUCCGCUGUGGAAGGCACAUUACAUCUCACGGCCUGGCGCUGAACUGUUCUACGGACCUCACGUGGUUUGAGCACAUUGUGCCCUGUGGGCUGGUUGGGACAGGUGUCACUUCCCUGAGUAAGGAGCUCCAGAGGCAUGUCACUGUGGAUGAAGUAAUACCACGUUUCCUUGAGGCCUUUAAAGAGACCUACAAGUGCACAUUGAUCUCAGAGGACAGCCCCAACUGAAGGGCAUUUAUAUUAUCACAGCCUGGAGGUCCUGCCUUGGAAAGCACCACACCUGACUUGGAGUCACUGAAACCCAGAUUCUAGACCCAGCCCUGUCAUUCACACACCAUGAGACUAUGGGCAAAUCAUGAGCUCUGAGCCACUGGUUCCAUAUGUAUCCUGGUUUAUUUAUGUCUUCCCCACCUACCUCAGAUAUAGAUGUGAAAACAUUGUGAAAAGCAUGCUGUAUAAAUAUAAGGCAUUAGCACUACUGUUGACACCAUUUUCUCAGCUUAGAAAAACUCAUAUCAUGGAGUGUCAUUUCUCAAAUAUUUAUUAUUUCCUCAAUACUGUAUUUAACUGGGGAAGCCUGGGCUCCAGUUCCUUUGAUUUUUGUAAGAAUCAUUUCUCUGGAUCAUCCAGGUGAAGGUGAUGUGAUGUGCUUUUUCAUUCUCAGGAGACCUGGGUGCUUUCUGCAAUAAAAGGGAAAGGGAAAGGCCUCUUUAAAGAAUAAAAUGGGAUUCUGUGUUCCUGGGUUGGAUUCCUCAAGCCUGAUAGCUAUUUUAGUUAGGUAACAUGAGCUAGGCCAGAGGCUAGGGGAAAGGGAAGAAUAAUUUCUCACACUGUACAAAUGCCAAAGAUAGAAGUAAGUUUUUCUUAUACAAGAUCUCUGUUUGUAAGGUUCUAGAGUAAUUAUCUAUUGCUGUGUAACAAAUCACCCCAAAACUUAAUGACUUAAAAGAAUAAACAUUUAUUAUCUCAUAUACUGUGGGUCAGGAAUUCGGGAGAAGCUUAGUUGGGUGGUUCUGGUCAGGGUCCCUCAGGUGCAAUCAAGAUGUCAGCUGGGGCACCUCUCAUCUGAAGGUUUGACUGGGGCUGGAGAAUCAGCUUCCAAGAUGAUUCACUCACAUGCUUCAUUGGUAGUAGUUGUUAAAAGGAGGCCUUAAUUCCUCACCUUAGCUCCUCAUCACUCCACAGGGCUGCUUGAACGUUCUCAUGACCUGGCAACUGGCUUCCCCCAGAGCAAGUGAUGCCAGAAAGAGACAAGGUGGAAGCCACAAUAUCUUUUAUGACCCAGCAUUGGAAGUCACACAGUCAUUUCUGCAGUUUCUUAAUAUGUGAGCCCUAUUCAGUAUGGAAGGGACUGCACAAGGGUGAUAGGAGGUGAGGAUCAUUAAGGGCCAUCUUGGAGACUGACUACCACAGGCAGUUAAGAGUAGAAAGAGCCUUGAAUGAGAAGUCAGGCAACUCUAGUUCCAGUCCUGGCUCUGUGGAACAGUAACCAACAACAUUCAAGAUGGCGGUUGCUUCCUGAGGGACUGCAAUGAGCAGAGCUCCCUGCUGCUGAUGGACAUGUGGUGGAGUUCAGCCACCAAAAUGUGAGGGUUGUCCAUUACCACAGCAUGACCAGCUUAUGCUGGCAGAUAAAAUAUGUUUAUAUUAAUUAGGACUCUUGUAUUUGCAAGUGUAGAAACCCAACUCAAACUAACUUAAGCAAAAACAAACAAUCAAACCCCACAAUGGGAGGGUUAUUGGAAAAGGUACUGAGGGGGGUCUCAUAAAAUCCAAGGAUCGGGCUGCAGCUGGGCUCCAGAACAGAACCAGAGCAUGUAGCCCUUUAGGAACCCACAUGGUCUUUUCUCUCCUGUUCUCUGCCGUGAUUCUUGGUGAGUUUGCUUCAUUCUAUCUUACUUCAGUCCAGCUUUCUCUGUUCCCCAGGCCAUGUAGUGGAAGACGGCUACUGCUGCUGUUAUCCAUGAAUGCUGGAGUAGAGUCAAGGAAAAUCCCCAGGUUUCUGGCUUGAGCAAGUGGGUGGAUGUUAGAGGUAUUGCUGGGAUAGAGAACUAUGGAUAAUGACCAAGUUUGGAAAGAAUGAUAAUGAGUUCAGUUCUAGGUAAAUCAAGUUUGAGAUACUUGUGGAUGAUGUAGGUGGAGAGGGCCAGUUGGGUGUUUGGAUCUGGAGCAUGGCUGUGAUGAGUGAUGGUUUAGGUCUGGGAGCCCAAAGAGAAGGGGAGGGCAGAGGACUGAUAAAUGUGAGGCACGGGCCAAGGAGGAGCAGGCCAAGGAGACUGAGAAGCAGUCUAGGCAGAGACAUAGUGCGGGACCCAGAAUGAGACAACACGAUGAUCUCAUUCACUUUUCUGGCAGCACAGCAAGAUAGGUAGGCUUAUUUUAUGGAUGAAAAAACUGAGGCUUGGGAGGCUAAGUGACUUAUUUGAGGUCAUGCACUUAGUUAGGAGCAGAGUCAGUCCCUGGCUCCUAAUCUGGGCUCUUUUCCACUCUUCCACAGCUGCCUCUGAAGGGUGAGCAGGGCAGGUAUCCUGGAGGAGACAUGCCUCCAAGAACAGGUGGGUCGACAGAGCUGAGGAGGACGCAGGGCAGAAAGCCAGAGUUAGGCUGAGGCCGGACGUG